ACAUUUCCCCCCCCAAAGACAUAGACAACAAAAGAAAUUGUAUUUAGAGCAAAACAAGAGUCCUUAAACGACAAGAUGUUUGCCAGAAUGCCCGAUCUCCACGUUCUGCUGGUAAUGGUUCUGGCGGGAAAGGCAGCCUUCGGGUUCUCCCUGAUGUCCUUGCUCGUAGACCCGGACCCAGAUUGGACCCCAGACCAAUAUGAGAACAGUCAGGAGUAUUACGACCAGGAAGAGAGCACCAGCAGCACUCUUGCCAACCCUGAGAAUCCUGACUGGUAUUACACAGAGGAUGAUCCAUGCCUGUCCAACCCCUGUGAACAUGGUGGGGACUGCCUCGUCAAUGGGAACACCUUCACGUGCAGCUGCCCAGCACCCUUCUCUGGAAACAGGUGUCAGAACGUGCAAAGCAAGUGCAAGAACAACUCCUGUGGCAGAGGUGAAUGUCUCAUUACUCAGAGUCCUCCCUACUACCACUGUGCCUGCAGAUACCCUUACACGGGUCAAGACUGCUCCACAGUGGUUCCUGUGUGCAAGCCAAAUCCUUGCCAAAAUGGUGGCACCUGCUCCCGGCAUAGGCGGAGAUCCAAGUUUAUCUGUACCUGUCCCGAUGGGUUCCAGGGGAGACUCUGUGAAAUAGGUUCUGAUGACUGCUAUGUUGGUGAUGGCUACUCUUACCGAGGGAAAAUGAGUAGGACAGUCAACCAGCACUUAUGCCUUUACUGGAACUCCCACCUCCUCUUGCAGGAGAAUUACAACAUGUUUAUGGAGAAUGCUGAGGUCCAUGGGAUUGGGGAGCACAACUUCUGCAGAAACCCCGAUGGAGACAAAAAGCCCUGGUGUUUCAUUAAAGCAAACCAUGGGAAAGUGAAAUGGGAAUACUGUGAUAUCUCAGCCUGCUCAGCCUUAGACGUUGCCGGCCCCAAGGAAGACCCCACAGAGCCCCUGACCACGUUCUCACAGUUCGGCUCGUGUGGGAGGACCGAGACAGCAGGGAGGAAGGCCAAGAGGAUCUAUGGGGGCUUUAAGAGCACGGCGGGCAAGCACCCGUGGCAGGCGUCCCUGCAGACCUUGUUGCGGCAGACCGUCUCCAUGCCCCAGGGCCACUACUGUGGGGGAGCGCUGAUCCACCCCUGCUGGGUGCUCACUGCCGCCCACUGCACUGACAUAAAAACCAGGCAUCUAAAAGUGGUGCUAGGGGACCAGGACCUGAAGAAGACAGAAUCCCAUGAGCAGAGCUUUGGAGUGGAGAAGAUAUUCAAGUACAGCCACUAUAACGAAAGAGAUGAGAUUCCUCACAAUGAUAUUGCUUUGCUCAAGUUAAAGCCAGUGGAUGGUCACUGCGCCCUGGAGUCCAAAUACGUGAAGACUGUAUGUCUGCCCGAUGACCCCUUUCCCUCUGGGACUGAGUGUCACAUCUCUGGCUGGGGUGUUACAGAAACAGGGGAAGGGUCCCGCCAGCUCCUGGAUGCCAAAGUCAAGCUAAUCGCCAAUACGUUGUGCAACUCCCGCCGACUCUACAACCACAUGAUCGAUGACAGUAUGAUUUGUGCAGGAAACCUUCAGAAGCCUGGGCAAGACUCCUGCCAGGGUGACUCUGGAGGCCCUCUGACCUGUGAGAAGAACGGCACCUACUAUGUCUAUGGGAUAGUGAGCUGGGGCCUGGAAUGUGGGAAGAAGCCAGGGGUCUACACUCAAGUUAGCAAAUUCCUGAAUUGGAUCAAAGCCACCAUGCAAAGGGAGGCUAGUUUCUAAGAUGUCUUCCGAACCUCAGAGCUCGUGUUCCACAGCACCCAGACAAGGCGAGGCCUCGCGGGCAGCAAAGGACACCCUUGGAGCCCCCAGGAGGCCAUGCAGCGGAGUGUCCAUGCUCUAAGGAGAGAAAACAGCUGCCCAGCCUGGGGCGUCCUGGACCAGCAUUUCCACCAUUUCAUCAGGCUCCCUCCUGGGUAACCCAAGAAACGGUAGAAUCAACCCAAAAUAUAUUAUGUUUGCUUCCCUUCCAACAAGUGUACCUUCUAGAAAAAUCAGUGUUCACAGACUGCCUUCACCUUGGACAUUUGUAAAUGCAGGAUUUCAGAACGCCCAGCUUGGGUGGGACUCACUUUACAUCUUUAUUCCUCCUCCCAGACACCCAAGGUACGCAACAGAACCAGCCACCCACUUCUCAGUAUUAGAUAGAGGACCAAAAAUACAACAUUCUCCAUCUGCUUUCAGAGAGGUGUUAUUUUAAUAAAGGCAGAUCAGGGGAUGGGCUAGUGCGCCAUUUUUACAGCUCGUCCAAACUGAAGGCAGGUAAGCAUGUCUGGCGUGCAAAUUUCCUCUGCAGCUUCUCUCUCAAGAAUUCCGGGUGGACGCCGCUCACUCACAACAGCAGAGCCCUCCUCCUUUUGACGUGCAGAAUCUCAGCGGCGUCCGGGUUCACAUCCCCGCUCUGAUUCUCUCCAGUCUCCACAGCCUCUGGCCCCCCCUGCAGAAAUCAAACACACGUCCCCAAGUUAAAAUGAAGCUCCCGCCCUCUCCCACAGGACAAGCUGUCUAAGAUGCCCCGGGAGCAUUUCAGAUGUUCGUCCUCCCCUUCCUUUUCCCUCCUCCAAGAAAAAAGAUCCUCAAGGCAAGAAUGAGAAAGAAGCAAAGCCAAUGUCUCGUUCAGAUGUGGUGUCUUUCUUCUGAACAAAGUGGGGUUCAAAACCCAGACUGUUGUAGACAGCAAGUCCCUGACCCUUUCCGCGAACGGAACGAGCAAGCAGUCAGCACGGCCUGUGCUGCUGUGGCCUGGGAUUGCUGUAGCCCUGGUAGGCUUGUCUCCGCACAACUAAUGGCUGUGACUUCACAGAAAACCCUGCAGGAAUUUAACCCGGGGGUCAUCGCCUGGUCAUCUCAGACCCAGGAAAUUAGGCGCCUUGCUCGAGUUGCAUUUCACACUUCUUUAGAGCCAGCUGACCUUUGGCCAGAAAUAAAGUUUGAAAAGAAA